AUGACGUGGAACGAGAGCGGACGUGGCAAGUCUGGGGAGAUUGGCGCGUUCGGUGGAAGAGGUUGCGAAGUCAGCCAUAUGACGACGCAGUUCCCGACGAGAGAGACGACCUGA